AUGCCUGGGAAAGAGCCUCAUCACGUGGACCCCCAAGGCUUUCUCCCCACGAUGCUGGACCUGAACGGGCGACCUUUCUCCGUCGUCCAUCAAGAACACAACAGCUCCAACUUCCGCCGCGGGUUGGACGGUAGAUACCGUCGCGUUGGUGUCUACCUGACCGCUGUCGUCUUGUUGACAUCCUCGACUUCCCGGCUUGCUUCAUCAAUCGUUCCCCCAUCAGCAUCUUAUCUCUUCCUCGUCAGGCCGCCCAUUUCACUGCUUGUCUUGUCACACCCAGCGACUGAUAUCGAGAAUAUCACCACCAUGCCUCGAAAAGAUUUCCGAAAUGACCUCAACCAAGCCACGCCUCCUCAACUUUUCCCUCACUUGAGCCGUGUUAGAGCCGGCGAUGAUGAUGAGUCCAUCCUUUUCACUUUCACUUCUUCCCACAUGCAAGUCGAUUUUCAAGUCAUCAUAUCCGACUCCCACGAUUAUCCGCGCGACCACAGCUAUUUCAUCUUCUCGACAUCCGAUAAUGUCAGUGAAGCGGUGAUGGACUCCUUGGCUCGCACUAACUUUACGGGCUCGUCGGUCCACCAUAUGCUGCGCCGUAUCGAUGACAUUGUUAACCAUGUGAUCCACGAUCGUGAUCCGCCGGCCACGGCGAUGCCAGAUGAUCCCGACCGCCAGGAUAGUGCUGAGGAAGCGUUCGAGGAGGACGACGAAUAUGAGUCCGACGAAUAUGAGUCCGACGCUGAUUUCGACCCGAGCUUUUCUCUUCCGGUCCAUGACAAGACGGAACUGCGAACCACGCUGCGCCGAGAUCUUCAGGCCGCAAAAGCCGCUGGAUUCAGGGUCGGAUGCCUCGAUGAUAUCACCGGCUGCGUGAUCGUCUCCGUGUCUUGCCGCAUUGCUCAUCUCGGCCUCUCGGAGGAGGUCAUGCAGACCUGGGAUGUCCACCCCUCCGAGUAUUUGGUCAUGCUCAUCCGUUAUCCAUCGCGAUACAUGAAUCUGAAAAGAAUCCUCGAUGAUGGAGCCAAUGCCAAGAGCUAUGUUGUUCAAAUCCAUGUCGGGCUUUGCAACUCCUACAAACCAUCUCUCGAGCAUGCGAGGAAGGCCUGUCAGGCCACGACAACUACUGGUCACGAAGGGCCGCAAACAAACAGCAAAAAGGUGAGCCAUGGCAUCCGGAGCCUUUUCAUUGGCGGAGCACUCAAUAGUCUUCUCAAUGAUCGAUUUCUGGAUAUCGUACGGCUUCGUUUGAAGUAUGGCUAUUCUUGGACCGGAGCCGAAGUAUCCUUCCAACGGAGUCAAGGCAAGAUCCUCGACGACACCAACACGGCAUCAGACGAAGACUAUGAGGAAGAAACGUGGGCAGCUUCCGCUCCCACCUUUCUUGCCGCUGACCAUAUGGUCGAUGCCGAUCCUGAUGGCUCAAGACUCUCAUUACCACUGCUCGCAAUGCAGUUUGCACUUCGUCACUUUGUCAAGUGCACAGAGUUCUGCCUUGUUUGCCACUGCAAGACAAGAGAUAACUUUGAAGCCCUCAAGCCCUAUGUCUGCUCAAAUGGUCUCUGUCUCUACCAGUACAUGACGCUGGGCAUGGGACCAAACCUAGAGCACGAGGUUCGCUCCCAACCGUACGUCGUUGAUAUGCUUGUCAGUUUGACCUACGCUAGAGCAUCGUCGGGCAGGCUUAGAGAUUUCCCAACUGGUCUUGGGCUUCGUGUGCCCGUGUCAGACUGCAUCAGAAUCCAGUUUUCGAAUCUUAUUGCCACCUUGGAAAACCAAUCGCCUCCAGCCGGCCAAUACACCGCUCGCUUUCACGCCGCUCAAAUGGAGCUUCUUCCGGAUAAAAAGGUCCCUCUCAGAAUCGGCGAUUGGAUUGCUGUGAUAUUUCCGGCAGCGAAAACCGAAGGCGAUGCCGCAGCCAUUUGGCAUGGUCGGGUUGAACGCCUUGGUGAAUCUUCCCCUCACAUCUAUCUAUCAUCCCCCAGUUCGCCCGGAGUACAACUGUCGCCCAAGGAACUCUCGCACCGAUCAGCUGGAGAGUCGGUGUUCUUCUUCGUCUACGACCAGAACUUUGAUGACUUGAACCCUUGUGAAAAGCAAAAGACAAUGCAGAUCGUUCUUGACACCCUUCCUGAUGUCGACCAGAUGAAAGCCUUCCUGGGUCCAUACAGCAAUGGUCGGCUGCUCUCGUCAUGGACAGGAGUGAUAUCCCCGGCCGCAUUGGGGCUCUUGCGUUGGAUCGUCGCAUCCAACCGGUCAUACAUCAUGCAAGACAAUGACCGUCCUGAGCAUCUCGUGUCGGGCAUGGAUGGGUUUGUUCAGUUUCGACUUGCCCAAGGUGCCCCAGACAAGGAGCAACGCUUCAUCGAUGCUGUCGACACGGUUUCUCUAACUGCUAACCCCCAAUACCCUACCCUUUUCGCGUGGCAUGGCAGUCCUCUGUUCAACUGGCACAGCAUCUUGCGUGAGGGACUGAAUUUUGACACCGUUGCGAACGGUCGGGCUUGUGGCGAUGGCGUUUACCUAUCCCGAGAUUUCAAUACCUCGAUAGGUUACUGUCAGCGGCAUGGCCCGGGCGGCAUGUGGCCUGGGAGCAAACUGAAGAUCCAUGCGGCCAUCUCACUUAACGAAGUGGUCAACGCUCCUCAGAAAUUCAGGUGUACCAACCCCCAUUACGUGGUGAAUUUUCUGGACUGGAUCCAACCCAGAUACCUCUUUGUCAAAUGUAGAGCCGAAUCGGGCCUUCAAGCUGCACCCACCCAGGUGUAUAAGCAGGACCCAAAGUACCAGGCGAUGGAUCCCGCCCGCCGGGCAGUUGUUAUCCCUCUUUCCAUUCUGGGAAAACGAGGCCAGCCAAGCCAUCUUGCGAGUCUUGCAAAGAAUGCAAAGACAAAAAGAAGCUCACCGGAUCGUACAGGAAGAAAAAGGCGUAAACCCUCUUCGUCAAACCAGUCCUCUACGCUGAACGUGGACGGUAGAUUGGACGAUGAUACUAGCGUCGCAACCGCAUCUGAUGACGAGCGCAUUUUCCUUUCCGAGAUCGAGGACUGCACAACUGAAAGCGAUCCGAGGACUGGCUCGAAUCUGGAUGUUCACCCUGCACAGGAUCAAUCUCUCAAGACAGACUUUGUUCCAGGCACGCUCAAGGGCGAAUCUUUGUCGCUUCUUUCAAUGCCCGAAUAUGCCACUUCCUCCGCUACCAAGGUCCUGCAACAGCACUUCCAGGCCACUUUGAAGGUCCAACAGCGAGAGCCUCUCCACGAGCUCGGAUGGUACGUCGAUCCCAAUCUGAUCUCCACGGUGUAUCAAUGGAUAGUGGAACUACACUCAUUUGAUCCCGCCCUUCCCCUGGCAGAGGACCUGAAGGCCCUGGGCUUAAAAAGCAUUGUCCUGGAACUUCGAUUCCCUCCCCAAUUCCCCAUGGCCCCUCCAUUUGCCCGGGUGAUCCGCCCACGCUUUCGAGGAUUUGCUGCGGGAGGCGGGGGCCAUGUUACGGCCGGGGGAGCCAUGUGUAUGGAGCUACUAACUGAUUCUGGCUGGCUGCCAACGGCGUCCAUUGAAAGCGUACUACUGCAGGUACGAAUGGCGAUGACCAAUCUGGAGCCCUUCCCGGCACGUUUAGCUCCAAGUCCGCAGCAGGAUUACAAGGUCGGUGAAGCUAUUGAGGCCUACCAAAGAGCGUGCUUGAGACACGGUUGGCGGGUUCCUGAAGGGAUCCGGCGGCUUUCUUGGGCGUGA